AUGUCCCCUGGGUCGGUGGUGUUUUCUCUAUUCGACCUAUCCAUCAAAUGCUGCCAGCUAACACGUCCCAGCUUAGAUAAAGGCAAUGCCGAAUGUAGAAAAAGCCUCAACUUGCCUGCGCACCGGAAAUUCAACUUUGCCGAACUAUAUACGAUUAAUAUGUGCAUUGAGGAGUGCAACUACAUAGGCUGCGGCUACAUAGAAAUCGAUCCACCCUUUCGCCUGGAUCUGGCCAACAUUCGCAUCAACCUGCAGACGAUUGCGCCCCAGCCACAGAAUGAAUCGAUUCCAUUCCUGGUGGAUGCGUAUCGGAAAUGCGAGUUAUUCCGAUCGUCACACGGAAGACGAUUCACUCUCCACCUGCCGGAUAUUGAAUUCAUCGAGGAACCCUGCAACCCCUUUGCCUUACAAGUCACCAUAUGCGUCCGCAUCCAUGCAAUGCAAAAGUGUCCCAGCGAAUUUUACGUGGACAGCGAGGAGUGCCGAUUGGCCAGGGAAUACUUCACCCAGUGCGUCGGGGAUAUCGAAAGCAAUCUUGCCUAG